CUACAUGUCGACAAACAGAAGGCAACUCUUAACGUAUACCACAUGAUUAAAUGUACAUAAUCAAGAAACAUUUAAGUAGAAGAGUUGAGGAAAUUAUGAUUAUGAGUCAUCGAUAUGAAAUCGGUCACGUGAUAUAACGAUAAACGUAAGGGGUGUUUCCUUUUUGCAAUGAUGAUUAUAAUGAUACCUGGUCUAAAACACAACAGCUGUUAGCCCUGUCUCCAAAUGGACCAGCAGUUUACAGAGACAUCGUCGAAUGUACGGAAACACGAUGAAGAUGAAGAGGAAGAUCAGACCGAAAGCGAAAGAUCAUCAAACUCUUGCUGUUGCUCGCACAAAGCGGUUGUGACGGUCCUGUUAUGUACAGUUAUCUUUAGCAGCUUCACAUUGGUCAACCACUGGAUCACCGACUUCAACUACGCAGCUGUAUGGGGCGAGACCGGGAACCGUGAAGUUAAACGGGCAUACAACGGCGUUAGCUCCCUCACAACAAUAUUUGCAGCCCUCCUGUCGCUGAAGGUGGGUUACCGUGUGGUAGCAAUCAGUGGGUGUUUAAUGAUGAUGUCAAGUUUAUUCGUGUCAUCAUGGCUUGACAAAGACACCAUAGGGCUGAUUGGGUUUCUCGUCGGCGGCAUUGCAGGAGUUGGAGCUUCAUGUGUAAAGCUGGCAGCAGUAGUUCCUGUUCUUGAGAAUAUACAAAACUGCCGGUUUAUUGCCGUUGCGAUUGUCAACAUUGGUGGCGCGGGUGCGUCUGUUGUUCACUAUGGCAUACUCGCAUCCAGCUGGGUAUCGGACGAUGUUGAUCUAAACUGGAAACACUUUUAUCGAUGGCAGCUCCUGGUUAUGUCAUUCGCUUUGCUGGCUUCUACCCGACUACAGCCUUCAAGUGAAAAGUGGAUCAAGAAUUAUUUUUCUCCGUUUGAUUGGAGUGUGCUUCGUGAAAAGUCCUUGUACAUCAUGAUGGUCAUUCUUUUGUGUGACCGAUUUGGUCACCUCAUCUUAUCAAAUGUGAUAUUUACAUUUUUCGACAAGAACGAGAAUUUUGCCGCUCCUUACUUGGGUGGAUUUUUCUACUAUGGGGGUCAGAUCUUCGGACCCAUGUUCCUGUUUUGCUGUAUAAAGAAGCAGAUCGCCCCGACCCUACGUUUCAUGGGGUCGAUUGACCUUAUCGCCGGGGUUUGGACUAUAGCCGCAACAUGGUCAACAAAUCUUUUCCAUAUCUCCAUGUACGCUGGCACUCUAGGUAUCUCAAAAGCGGCGUUCACUACACUUCUCCAAAAUCUCAUUCCGUCCGUGUUCGGAAAGAACAAUGUUCGGAUUGUUCAAGGCCUACUAGACUUUGGAGCUGGCGUUGGCAUACUGCUGUCUUCUCCAUGUCAAAAUGCGGUGGAGAUGCAUUACGACGAAGCUGACCGAUACAAACCGGCGUUUUACCUAGCUGGUAGUUUCCUCGUUCUGGCGUCCGCCUUUGUGUUCAUCUGUCUUCGUGUCGUCAAAGCUAUGGACAGUAACGCGGACGUUGCUGAAAACAAAUUCUCUGAAAUCGCAAUAAUAGAUGCAUAACAUUUUAUUUUAUGUUUAAACUAUAUCAUAUAUACCAUUGUACAUGUUAUGACGUCUAUCAGAUAAUACCAUUAAUUAAUAUGCAAUACAUUUAGGAAAUUUUUGUGUCGGGGAAAAAUAGUAUUUUAUAUCUCGAAAGCCCGUAUGUUAACUUUAUUAAACCUUUGCUGUUUCAUAGUUAAAAAUAGAUCAAGUAAAGUAAAUGAAGAAACAAAAUUUAAUAAAAUCACACUCGUAAAACAGCUAUAACCACAGUAAGAAUGUCCAGAAUCACAGCAUCCUUGUAGGUCGGGGAUUGAGAACAAAAUAUGUCUGCUCUUACCAAUCGGAUGUUCUAAGAGGCAGCGAAUGUGGGUACUUCCUGCAAAAUUUCGAUCCUCUUCUUUGAAAGACAAAACGACCAAAAUAAGUCUGCUAACCCAAUUGCAACAUUUGGGAUAAGUUUAAGUUUUUCUUUACAUCCUAUUGACCUUUCUGUUUCAUUGCGCCUAGCAUGGCAACACCUCUACUUUGGCCGUCGUGUUUAACGUUCGCCCAAGUUUGGAAUGUAAUCUGUCCAAAGGCCAGGACAUACCAAAGUCCUUAAAAACGUUAGUUGCUAUACCUGCUGCUAAGUUUUUAGCAGCCAGGGUAACGACAACAACCGUGUAUCCCAUUGUUACUGUAAUGUGGUCAGGUGGAAGAAUUUGCUGGGCACAUGUGGAAUGGUAAUUUUAGUGAGGUAGCAUUCUUCGGUCGGCAUUAGAUCCAAACUAUAACAACGAGCCGAAUACACAAACAUACCGCUUAAAGCACACAUACAUUACAUACGUGGUUGUCCUUAAUUGGCGUUAAAUGUAGGAUGUUAAAACUAACAAACCAUUUCAAAUGACUUAACUUGUAAUAUCAAAAAUCUUAAUUAACCAACCAAAGCAUAUGCCACUUUCUUUGCUAUUCUCAUUACACAACCAUACCAUUAGGGAGUACACUUUCUGUAACACAUUUUCUUUGGAACAAAAAAUCAAUAGCAUAGUUAAAAUCUUAGUCGUCAACUGCAGAACCUUGGAAUGCUUUUCAUACUUCUUCUAGAUCAAAACAUACGAAUACUAUAUAGACAUCUGCAACAGUGUCUUAACAAACUUUAAACUUAGGCAAAUAAAAAAAGACUUAUUUUCUAAAUCUAACCAUUAUGUAUGCACUUUUGCCAAAUCCAAAUUAGCAUUACAUUGCGAUCCCUUUGUAAUUUUAGACGGAAAUAUUACUCCAAUUUAGAGUAUAUAAAAGGUAAAUACUCUCAAACACUGAAUAUUGUCAGUGUUAUAUCAGAUUUAGGAGUAGACCGUUUUUUCCUGUUCCGUCUAUAUCGCUCACUUGUUAGAUCUAGACUAGAAUAUGGUUCCUUUAUAUAUUUGUUCAGCUCCAAAAUCAUAUUUGCAGAUGCCUUAUCAAAUUCACCACUAUUCGUCUUAUAAAAAAUCUGUAAUGUAAUAAUUGUGAUUUUUUAUACAGUUUCUGUGCUAUUAAUGUAUGAGUAUUUACGUUCAUUUAAUAUGUACACAAAGAUGCGAUAGCAUGUCUUACAACAAAUUAUUUGCCAUUGAUGUUUUUUGCAGUUUUUAAACAUUUUUGCCUUUUGAUUAAGAUUGGUGUUUUUCUUCCCCCCGUUGUCAGUAUACUGUGACUAGGCGAAAUACUGUGCUGUGUGGCUUCGGUAUGGUAUUUUAGUCAGGUAGCACUAUAAAGUCGGCAUCAGAUUCGCACUGUCGCAAUAAGGCAAAUACACCAACAAACCCUGCCUUCUUUUCCAUCUUUUGGCAUACGUGUUCGGAAACUCCUGUAAAACUCAGUUUUAGGAAUACUUCUCCGAUUCCAUACACAAGCGUUUUCUAAGCUCGUCUCACUAUGUCCUUUACACGCGCGUCUUUAUACUGACAAUUCUAUGGCCGAGGAGAAAGUAGCAGCAGCGAUAUUUUCACCUGAAGCGAUUGCAAUAAAACUGUUGUAAAACAAAAUGAAAAGAAUAAAAUCAAAAAAGCAGAAAUCGUUUCUGACAAACUAUUUUAACCGAACCUAUAAAAAAACACCUUUUUACAGAACGUCAUACUUAUUAUUCACACAGUAUAUAUUUGACGUCACCUGAUCCUGAUUACAAUAUCAGGUCAUGUUGGAAUUAGUGUGAGUGAUAGCAAAUUUCAUUAAAACGAAUUUGUUUAAUAAAAGGUCUUAAGAACUGAAUAAGAUACUAUUAGGGCCCGUAUUGGUGGUAUGGCCGCCCAUUACCAAUCAGUCUAUCGUCCCGGUGUCCGUUCGCCUGAUAGUUUUAAAAUUUCUGAAAUUUUUCAUGAAGAUAACUCUUGGAUCGUAGUUGUGCAUGAUCAAUUUUCGAAUCGAUCGGAUUCAUAUUGGCUACCAGGCGGCCAUCUUGGAUCUAGACAUAUCGCUCUUUUCAUAUGUAACACUAACACACAGGGGUCUUUUGAAAUUUUGUAUAAAGGUUUGCCUUUAUGACAUAAUGAAGCAGAAACCGGAAUCAAACAAGACGUCAACUUGCAAAAUUGAAAGUCAAUGGAUCAAAGAUCAACAUUGCUUUUAUUUUUAAACUGAAAAUUUAACAAGGCAGUUUCCUUUUGAUAGGCUGAUUGCUCUCCACGUGAUAUCUUAUGACUUCAGUUCCGGUUCGAUGCUCGCGGAAUUCUGCGCACAGUAGAUUAGGCAAUUCCAUUCUCAUGGGCUGAUUACGUUCCAAGCUAUAUCUUUAUGACAGAAUGAUCGUACUUUGAUCAAACCUGCACGGGAUACUGUACAGCGGUAAAUUAUCACUAUAUGCAACUGUCAGUGCGUGAAAUGAAUUUCCUCCUACGAGUUGACAACCUAUUGUACGGAGACUGAACCCAGGGACCCAAACCUGGCAGUCAUCCAAUGUGUGUCACCUGCUGGGAAAUAAAAACUUACGAAACUAAAA